AUGGUUAUCAACAACAACAACACCCUCGACCACUAUGCCACCACUCUCACAUCGUCACCUCCCAGUGUAUCUGCUGCGAAUAGCACCGGAUCGUUUCGAACACUUCGGUCCAUGGCAACUCAGCCUCACGGAAGCAGAACGUCGAACCUCGUGUCCCGAUCUAAGCCAACUUCUCGCCUCUCUCCAUUAUCGUCCGAGGCCUGGUCGUUGGGACAAGCGAUGGACCAUCUAGACACCGUGUCAACCUCUAGUGCCUCCAUGCGUCGAACGGAAAUUGGUGCAGAAAGCGUGGCAGCACAGCCCCCCAAUGAGCGGGUGAAGAUCAGUCGACGGAUCGAGCCGGAUAUCAAGGAAAACCCGAAACGACGCAAGCUAAGCUCUCUAGAGCGUGAGAACUCCUACAUGGACGUUAAUACCGAUGCUGUUUUGGUUACCAUGUCGACAAGCCGCCCAUCCACUGGCAGGACCAUGGAGAGUCCAACCUUCCCUUUGUGUCAGCCAAUCACCGACUUCGAUGUCAUUGCAGACCAUUAUCUCUCCCAAUUGACCCCCAGAUACGCACCCGAGCUAUUCGUCGGACUUGACCUUCCUGGCAGCGUCCCGGUCAACUUCCGCUGGAUAAAUACUCAGACUGCGCCGGAGCCCUUCUCGCACAGCGUUAUUAUCUAUGGAGAGUGCCACGAGCGUGGAAGGACCAGGAGCAAGCCUAUCAUGUACCGCGACUUACCUUCGGGCGAACAACAGCUCCUUCUUACCGUCCCGUAUGAACUGUCGUACGACGCUCUCGAGACGCGAAAGGACAUGAAGCACGGAUUCUUCAGCGAGCAGGAGAAGGGGAUAAGUGUUCUGUUGGCGUGUGGAUCAGAGGAGUUGUCCAUCGAGGUUAUGGCUCUGGCGAUGACUUAUCUCGGUCUGAGAACAAGGUGGAAUGUGUUCAACAUCGCGGAUAGUAUCGCAAUGGAUCCGUCAGUGUAUGAAGAGUGGAAACAGGAUCUGGAGUAUCCGGACAUCGGCUUCAUCAACGAGUAUGUGGCGAGCUGUAAAUCAACCACUUCUUUGCGUUGUGUACAUGUCAAGUACAUGUCGAAAGGGUUGAAGUGCCAAGAAUAUCGGCGAGCCUUGAAGAACAAAGACCGCGGAGAGUGA